AUGGGAAGCCUCGUAUUUGGGGGCCAAAAAGAGCCCCCCUCUUUAGCUGCCCAAAGCUCCAGCUCACUUUUGGUGCUUCUGUUUUCCUCCCCAAGCCCCCAGUUCCCUGACGCUGAAUCCUGGUGGCAGAACCCUCCGUCUCUAGCCACUGCCAAUUCCCCCUGGGAUGCGACUGAAAUCUCAGCUUGGCAGAAGCACCUGGAAGAAGAGACCAAGCUGAGUCCUCUGAAAGGAGAGAGAAAGGAGCUCCUGGAAGUGGAAGACCCUGAACUGGAGGCCAUCAAGGCCAAGGUCCGUGAGAUGGAGAAGGAGGAGGAGUGGCUGCAGGAGCUGCAGGCCGAAGCAAAGAACCUCAUCAUGAGAUCAGAGGCAGGUACGGUUUUCGUGAGUGUUUUAAGGGAAAAAAUGGAAGUUGACCAGCGCUCUGUCUACGUGGGAAAUGUGGAUUACGGUGGAAGCGCAGAAGAGCUGGAGUCCCAUUUCAACAGCUGCGGUCAGAUCAACAGAGUUACUAUCCUCUGCGACAAGUUCUCCGGUCAUCCUAAAGGGUAUGCCUACAUUGAGUUUGCUGACAAGAGUUCUGUGAAGGCUGCUGUGGAGCUGGGUGAGAGCACCUUCAGAGGCCGUAUCAUCAAGGUGUUGCCCAAGAGGACCAACAUGCCAGGCAUCAGCUCCACGGACCGGGGUGGUUCCCGGGGUGCUUUCCAUGGCCGGGGGGCUCUGCCUCGCCGCUCCAGUUUCUGUGGAGGGCAGCGUUUAAGGCCACGUGGAAGGGUGCACAGGGGCCGUGGAAGGCUUUCUCCUUGGUACAUGCCUUACUAGGCAGUGGGGCAAGGUGACCCAAGCCAGGACUCAACUUGGACCGGAACAGGGGAGCAAAAGCAACUGGAUCCGCCCAAAGAAUAUUUCUCCUUUGUUAUCCUGUGAGAGUGAACUUGCAAGCGUUGAACUUCUAUGCCAGUCUUCCAGACAAGACACAGGGUAUCUCCUUCUUGGGCAAGGAAAAAAGAAAUGCUGGAGUGGCCUAAUGCGUGCAAAAAAUGACUUUCCCCCCAAAUUUAUAUGUCAUCAUUUAGAGCUUCAUUUGAAUUUUCUCUUGAUGGGUAGAAAAUUAGAACUCUGGUAGGGUCUGGAAACCACCCCACUUCUCUCUGCCACCCUUUCCGUGAUUCUUGGCAUGCUGUAUUAUCCUGUUGAUUUUCUUGGUAAGCAUUUGACUCUAGGGAUGGCUUCAGAAGGGGACUAAGUAGCAUCCUGGUAGGUGUUUUAAAUGUACAUCACCCAAACCCAAAUGAGGAUUUGUUUCCUUUGAAAGAGGCCAGAUCCAACUCUUACAUAGAGAAACAAACAACUGGCAUGCUAGUAAUGAACAAGUCUUGCAACUAGGGCAUCUAUUUCCAUUGCUCUUCCUCUCCCCACCCCUUCCUCACCGUUGCAUCUAGAGUGUCUAUGCUAUGAAUCGUAAGCUGAGUUAAUUAUAUCAUGGUCCUUCUGCUCACCCUCUCAUAUGAUCGCGAACAAAUACAGUUAGAUCCCAAGUCCUGUUGGAAAACAGGCACUUCUGUGCUUCCCAAGGUUCCUUGGCCAAAGCCAUUACCGGUAAUUGUAUAUAUAUUUAUUUUAAAAAACUGGGUUAAGUUUGCAGGGCAGGUGUGUUGUGAAGCUCUCAUCAGCCUUAGGUGUCUUUGUGUAAUACUUUGCACCUUUGCACCCCAUUCAGCCUAGUUGUGUAGAACCACUUUCUGAUACGUGGGCUUGUGAUGAAGGUGUAACUCAAAAUGGUGGGCCAGUUUUGUACACCUUUGCUACCUGCUUGAGCUUAAACUGAUGGGUCUAAUCUGAGCAUUUUUAAAUUCCAUUCUCUUCCCAGCUUGGGAGGAGCUGUGGAGGCCAAAUGAAGGAAAUUGUGUGGAUUUUGGUGGGCUGGGAAGAGAACCACCAAGGGGUAGCAGUGGAGGCAGCAGGGCCUCUUUAUUCCUGUCUGCCUUGCAUGUCUUGCAUUUCUUUCCUAUCAUAUCCUCCUUUUAAAACUAAUUUAAGAAAAGCUUAUUUGAAGUUAACCUAUUGCCUAUUUAAAUGAGUUUUUUACUAUUGCACUCACCUACUAUUUAUCUCUGUUUAGACUGUUUUCAUUCCAGCCCAAAAGAAUCCCAAUGAAAUGAUAGAUACUAAAAGCAGCUUUCUGCAGCCCUGAAAUAAUAGGACUUGCCAGAUCAAAACGUUAAUAAUGAUAAAAAACCUCAAACCUUGAAAGUUGUUCAUAUGGGCAAAACUUAUCACCUUGUUUUCUGAAUUGCACUGUUAUCCGGAAUGGACAGUCUAGCUCACAUCUUAACUAAAUUUAUAUUUCACAUUUAGUGUUUUUACAGUAGCCAGCAAAUUCUAAAAGAAACAUCUGUUAAAUUCCAUAAUUCAUUCUAGUAAUCUUUUCCUCAAGCACUGCAAUUCCAAGAAGUGCGGUACCUGGGGGUGGCUGCAGGUCACCUUUACAGGGUGAAAAACAUGACCUUUUGAUUUUGGCAAGUGAAAAGAUGCAACUUCAAGUCCUAAAGGGAUAAGAAAAACAAUAAAUCCCCUGGGAAGUUCUCUUGUGUAAGAGAACUGCAAAGGAGAAAUGUUCCUGGGGAUUGUAUCCUAAAGGAGUAAUAAAUGGGCAGAAGUUGAAAUAAGCAGAGUGAAAAGGGGUUUUUUGUAUUACAUUUGUAUGUGAAUAGAGAUGCCAUUUGUGGUAAUGUUUGUAAGUUAAUAUUUUUUAAUAAAAUAAAAGAUCCAACUGAUUAAACUAAACCCACA